AUGUUUGACCACAUGAUCAUGAAAAACGAAUUUGAACAAGAUUUUAAGAACAAUGCAGCUGAUAUACCAUAUAUUAAGGAGCUCAUGUGUCCUAGUGGUGAUACUAAAAGGAAAUACAAAGGCAAUCCCCAGGAGUGCCUGUAUGAUAUUGUCGCCAACAAACAUAAUGGUAUUGACGUGGACAAAUGGGACUACUUUGCACGUGAUUGUCACAAUCUUGGAAUCGCUAACAGCUUUGAUCAUAAUCGCAUGAUGAAGUUUGCUAGAGUGAUAAAGGUCCACAGAGAGUAUCAGAUAUGCAUGAGGUAUAAGGAGAAGUUAAAUGUGUUUGAGAUGUUCCACGUACGAGAUAUUAUUUUUCGAAAGGCCUGCCAUCACAAUGUGAAGAACAUCAUUUCAUUAAUGAUCACAGAGGCACUAGUGCUUGCUAAUGAACAUUAUCAAAUAACAGGCAAAGGAAGUAAAAAGUUAAAAAUGUCUGAGGCUAUAGAUGAUAUGGUGGCCUAUACCAAUCUGACAGAUAAUAUUCUGUAUGAGUUGUUGGACUCAACUGAUAUAAAGUUAGCGAAAUCUCGUCGCAUCAUUACCAACGUACUGGAAAGGAAGAAUUUAUAUAGAUACAUUGGUAAAUUAAGUCGUAAGGAUGGUAAACCAAUUAAUGCUGACUCUUUGAGAAAAGUGAAGGAAGAAGUAGAAAGAAUGAAACUUGACUUGGUUAUUGAUGAAAUAAAGUUUGAUUAUGGUAUGCCAGGUGAAGACCCUACAGAAGAUGUGUGGUUCUAUCAUAAACAGGCACCAGAUAAAGCAUUUCAGAUUGACAAAGGAGAAGUGUCUGCAAUGCUACCAGACAAGUAUUUUGAGCAGGAAAUACGUGUCUACUGUAAGGAGAAGGCAAAAGCUAAAACUGCAAAAAGUAGUUUAAAACUUUGGAUUGCAGGAAGGAAGCAAUACACGUUCAUGGAGGAGAAGGAUGAAAUUGAUUUUGACAACGAGAAUACUGGCAGUCAAAAGAAAUUAAUCAACGAUCCGAUACAUGGAAUCAUUGAGCUUCACCCACUUUGUGUUAAGAUUAUUGACACGCUUGAGUUCCAACGCUUACGGCAAAUCAAACAGCUCGGUUGUUGCUACUUUGUUUACCCAGGAGCUUCACAUAACCGCUUUGAACAUUCUAUUGGUAAACCAAUAUUUGAUGUUACUUAUGCUUGCUUAGUCUCGUCAACAAGACUUUGUCAGCCUGAAUGA